UGAAGUACUACUGUAUUUUUACUGCGGGGAAGCUGCGUGUUUCUGCGUGUCUAUGCGUGUCCCCGCAGCGUCUUCUGUCCCCUCAGCGUCUCCGUCUCUUUAACGCGGCCGGCGGGUCACAUGUGCAGCCCGGUGUCCCUCCUCCUGCUGCUGCUCGGGUCUACCGGAGCUGUGUCGGUGUGUAUAUAAAGGUCAGCGGGAUGUCAGCGCGCUGAGCUCCGGGAGGAAGAUGCUGCUGCUCGGUCUGAUGCUGCUGACGGCCGCCGCCGCCGCCGACCCGCCGGGGAGCGCCGCUCCGCCGCUCCGGGGGCCGGCACCGGGGCUGGAGACGGGGCUGGGGCCGGGGCUCGGCUUCCCCCCGCCGGUCCCCGCCUCUCCCUCCGCCCCGCCGCUCCUCCGGGCGGAGUACGCGGCGCCCGGCGUCGCCUCGGCCCGCUCCGCCGCGGAGGAGCCGUCCAGCCCCGGGGAGGAGGAGGAGGAGGCCGGGCAGCAUCACCAGCAUCACGGCGGCGGGUACCGGGUGGUCCAGUGGGAGUGGAGCUACGUGCAGACCCCCUACAUCAUAGCCUGCUGGCUGCUGGUGGCCAGCGUGGCCAAGAUCCUGUUCCACUUCUCUAAGCGGUUCACCACGGUGGUCCCUGAGAGCUGCAUGCUGAUCCUGCUGGGUCUGGUGCUGGGCGGGGUCGUCCUCAUAGCCAAUAAGAAGCAGCUGUACCAGCUGGAGCCCGCCCUCUUCUUCCUCUUCCUGCUGCCAACCAUCGUGGGCGACGCUGGCUACUUCAUGCCGGCUCGCCUCUUCUUCGACAACCUUGGCGCCAUCCUGACGUAUGCCGUGGUCGGCACGUUGUGGAACGCCUUCUGCACCGGAUUCUGCCUGUACGCCGCCAAACUGCUGGGGGUCAUAGAUGGGCGUGUCCAGGCUGACCUGAUGGACUUCCUGUUGUUUGGCGCUCUGAUCUCGGCCGUGGACCCGGUGGCUGUGCUCGCCGUGUUCGAGGAGGUUCACGUCAACGACACACUCUUCAUCAUCGUGUUCGGAGAGUCGCUGGUCAAUGAUGCCGUCACUGUGGUUCUAUAUAAAGUUUAUAUUUCCUUUGUGGAGGUCGGAGCAGAAAAUGUUCAGACGGCAGAUUACUUCAAAGGAGUCGCCUCCUUCCUGAUAGUCAGUAUAGGGGGGACUCUGGUGGGUUUGGUGUUUGCGGUGAUUCUUGGCUUCAUCACUCGUUUCACCAAGAAAGUUCGGAUCAUUGAGCCGCUCUUCGUCUUCCUGCUCGUCUACCUCGCCUACCUGACCGCCGAGCUCUUCUCACUGUCCGCCAUCCUGUCAAUGACCUUCUGUGGAAUCGGUGCCAAUAAGUACGUGGAAGCCAACAUCUCCCAGAAGUCUCGGACCACAGUGAAGUACACGAUGAAGACUCUGGCGAGCAUCGCUGAGACCAUCAUCUUCAUCUUCCUCGGGAUCUCCGCCGUGGACAAGUCCAAGUGGGCCUGGGACACGGGCCUGGUGUCCUGUACACUCAUCUUCAUCUUGGUCUUCAGAGCCAUGGGUGUGAUUGGGCAGACGUGGGUCCUGAACCGGUUCCGGCUUGUGCCGUUGGACCGGAUCGACCAGGUGGUGAUGUCGUACGGCGGGCUGCGGGGGGCGGUCGCGUUCGCGCUGGUCGUGCUGCUGGAUGGCGAGCAAGUUAAAGCCAAGGACUACUUUGUCGCUACGACGAUUGUGGUUGUCUUUUUCACGGUCAUGUUCCAGGGUCUGACCAUCAAGCCUCUGGUGAACUGGCUCAAAGUUCCUCGAUCCACCAGCAGGAAGCCGACGAUCAACGAGGAGAUCCACGAGAGGGCCUUUGACCACAUACUGACGGCGGUGGAGGACAUUGCAGGGCUGCAGGGCUACCACCACUGGAGAGACAAGUGGGAGCAGUUCGAUAAGAACUACCUCAGUAAGCUGCUGCUUAGCAAGUCUGUCUACAGGAAGAGUGAGUUGUGGGAGGCCUACCAGAAGAUCAACAUCAGAGACGCCAUCAGCGUCAUCGACCAGGGAGGGAACGUCCUGACCUCAGCCAGACUGUCUCUGCCCUCGAUGGCGAGCAGAGCUUCGUUUCCCGAAGUCACCAACGUCACCAACUACCUGCGUGAGAACGGUAGCGGUGUGUGUUUGGACCUUCAGGUGAUCGAUAAUGUCCCCGGAGCCAAAGUGGAGGAGGACACAGAGACACACCAUGUCCUAGCAGGGAACCUUUACAAACCCAGGAGACGGUACCAGUCCCACUACAGCCGUCACUUCAUGCCUCUGGGGGAGAAGGAGCGUCAGGACCGCGAGGUGUUCCAGAGGAACAUGAAGAGCCGCAUGGAGACGUUCAAGUCCACAAGACACAAACGGCACAAGAAGGAGCGCAGCCUCAAGAAGCGGCGAGGAUCUGAUGCCAAGGAGGAGGGCGGGGACAAACCCAGACGGAACGUCAGCUGGCACGACAAGAACCCUGUGGUGGUCCCCGUGGAGUCAGAAGAGGACAAGGGAGAACAUUCAGACCCGGAGAAGGAGGACGACGUUGGCAUCACCUUCGUGGCUCGAAAAGCUGAGACGCCAAAACAACAACGACCCAAAUCAGUCCCUGCAGCUCUGGACGGGGGUCAGAGUCCCCCUGUCCUCCCGUCCUCUCCCCCCAGUGGAGACAGCCACCUGCCGUGGAAGGGCGGCGUGGGCUCGCCCCCUCCCUGCGUGUCUGUGGAAGCUACAAAGAUCAUCCCGGUGGACCUGCAGCAGGCCUGGAACCAGAGCAUCUCGUCCCUGGAGUCCAUCUCGUCCCCGCCUGCGCCUGCCGAGCCCGUCCACCCGCGGGUCAGCGCCCUGUCCCGGCUGGGAGGACCGCGCCCCGCCUCCUACACGCCGCCAGGCAGCGCGGCGGGCAGCACUGCUGGCAGCACCUCCUCCAUCGGAGCGCAGCUGUCUCAGGGCUCCUUCAGCUUCCCGGAGAAGAAGAAGGAGGAGGAGGAGGACGAGGAGGAGGAGGCUCAGCAGGAGCUGCAGCCACUCAUGGCGUCUCUGAGGCCGCCUGGCACCCUGCCGCCGCCGCCGCUGCCACCUGGCCCGGCCCCUGGCCCCGGGCGGAGGAGGAACCCCUGCGUCUACCUGAGGAGCCUGGUGACGGCACCCCCACCUGACAGCGGAGAGCCACAUAGCCGAGGCCCCACCCAGCUGUAA